GAAGAAAAGACAAGAAAACAAAAGAAGAAGAAAAAGACAAGAAAAUGAAAGGGGAAGAAAAAGACAAAAAAACGAAAGGGGAAGAAAAAGACAAAAAAAUGAAAGGGGAAGAAAAAGUCAAAAACCAAAGAGAACGAAGAAAAAGACAAAAACCGAAGAAAAUGAAGAAAAAGACAAGAACCGAAAAGAACAAAGAAAAAAACAAGAACCAAAGGGAACGAAGAAAAAAAACCAAAGGAAAUAAGAAAAAGAACUGA